GGUGUGACAGUGUUAUCGCCGCUGGCCACAUCAUCCGCAAAAUAUCUCUUGCACCUAUCAGAAUGUCUUAGUAAAAUAUUCUCGAAGAAAGCUGUUUGAAGGGGUGAAAAAAGUUCUUUUUCGUAGUAGUAGAUAAAUCCUCAGCUCAGGAACUUGACGCAUCGAUGUGAAAGAAUCGAAAAAAGAAUAAAAAUUAAUCGUCUGCGAAGAAAUAUCGAAGUGCUCUUCUAGCGUGUCUUCACUCUAGUGAAAACAACCAUUCGAUGUUGCUGAAAUAUAUUUCACUUCCUAAAUAAGUUUGAAACUACCACCAAAAAAUAAAAGUUUCGAAUCAUUAGUGCAGUCAAUGGACCGUUAACUAAAAACACUCAAUAAGAUCGCUACAUCCAGCGCCAUCUGUCGAGUAACGCGGUAGUGAAUUUUGCAAGCUGACUCGGCUGCAUGACGUUAUUGAUUGACGAAUCGUGCUCAAGUACUUACGAUGCUCUGUGCUUAGGAGAUAAGAAUUCGUUUAAUAUCACAGAUUCUAAGGUACUCGAAGUCUGUGAGAUAUUUAAAUGAACUCACUAAGCAUCAGGUAACUGCGUAUUUAUAUGCAUGGACGGAAAACUUUUCUUUUAAGUAUCUCAUUGAAGAAAGCCAGGUCAAUUUAAGGAACAGGAAAUUUAUCUCAUAAAAUGCCACUAUCUCUCCUGCCUGCAAUGAACUGAAAUGAAAUUAUAUGAAUAACUGAAAUUCUAUUCAGAGAACAACGUGAAGAGCUAUAAACUGAAACUUCGAAGGCUUCAGGCGCAAUCACGACUACUGUGGCAGCUAGAAUGAACAUUACUGAGGCCUUUAUGUGUACUCAUACUAUACAUGGUGGUGGAUUGUUUGAAUGAAAAUGUUUUCCAUGAAUGAAAAGGUCGAGUACAGGAAAAUGGACUCUGCAUGAAUGCACUGCUAGAUACAAAUUAGAGAUCUCUAAUAACUGUUAUAAACGUCAAAUUCUGUAUAUCUGUCUAGUAUUAUCUACGUAACGAAUAUGUGAAUUGGACACAAGUAGCACAAGUUCGCAAAGCACUUCAGAAUAGAUUAUUAACAUAUUUUAUACUAUUUUAGGAUUACGUUGCUAAAAUAUUUGUAUUCUGCGCUGGAAAUUUUACAUUUGAAUUAUAUUCAUUUCAGCUAACGUAAAUGAAUAGCUUGAGGAAUGAAAUAUUUCAUAUAGGAUUCUCUAUAUAUUUUUAAUCAAUUUAUUAGGAAUAUACAAAAAUUUCCAUUGAAAGAUAUUAUAACGAAAGGUAUUGUUUUUUCAUGGCAAAUACCUGAACAUUAGGCGCUGUAACGGUACAAAUUUGUAAACGAAUGAAAUUGAUUUGAAAAUUAUUCGAAAUUCAAAUUUAUUUGUGAAAUUAAUAUAAAUAAGAGAUAAAAUAUAAAUAGACACGAUUCAUCGAAAAUAAAUGACUUUUUUUAUCAAAAUAAAUGACUUUUUUAGUCAUUUAGAUUGCUUUUUGAAAUAACUGAACAAUAUAAAAGAUUCAAAAUCUACGUGCAUUACAAUCCAAGUAUAUCUAACCAUAAAUUCAACAUACAGGUUUGCAUAUUUUAAUUCAUGUAUUAUUAACCGUUAUUAAAAGAUUUUUCCCUGGAUAUGUAUCCCCUCUUUUUAGGUUAUUAAUUGUUAGCUUAAGGCUUCUUUCAUUCAAUUUAAUUUAAAUUUACAUAAAUUUACAAUAAAUACAUAUUUAGAAUGUAAGGCGAUAUAAACAUACUAAUUUUUCAUGCUUUAUUCAGGCAAAUCUUAUUGAGAGUAAAAUUCACCAUGAAUAAAAGGAAUUAGCAUUUGCGAAAGAAUAAGUAUUAUUUCAAGACAGAUAUUUUUAACACUCUUAUAAGGAAAACUGGUAUAACGUGCUAUUAUUAUACUGAAGUAGGCUUCCUUUAAUUUUAUGGAAGAUAUUCCCAUUUAAUGAAUAAUUAUUCUUUGCUAAUCGGUCCAUUCAUUGACUUAAAGAUGAAAAUAUUAAAGCAGUUAUGGAGUAAUUUCACAAAAAAAGAGUACAACGUUGAAUCGUAAUUUCAAUAUUCAUUAAUUUUUAAUAACAUACCAAUACACUUUUAAAACAUUUCAUCGCUGAGGUAUAUAAUUAAAGACAAAGCUUUCUUAAUUUUUUAAAUUAACAAUUUCAUAUUUAAUAAUUUCAGUAAAAUAUCAAAUUUUGAAUAAUAAAACGUUAUUGAAAUACAUUCUAAAUUGUUUUAUUUUAAACCUCAAUACAAGUUUCAAAAUAAGAUAUGAUCCUUAUAUGAAAAUUACUUUAUUUGAAAUAUAACAUAUUGUAAUUGUAUAUGACUAAUUAUAAAUUUUAAAAGACAAAAAUUAAACUGAGUUUUAUCAAAAAAAAAAAAUGUUAAAAGCAUCAUACAAAACAGUGAUUCCAAUAAUCAGAAUGCAACGCUAUGCUUUAAAAUACGCAGAAAGCAAAUAAUCCUCAACUAGAUAUUCAUUCUGAAGUUGAUCGAAGCAUUAAUCCAUGAUUUGUGUGCUGCAAAGAAGGCUAUUUUGAAUAAGAAUGUAAUAAAGAAAAAUUUGACAGCACUUAUAUUAUAUCUGAUCAAUAAAAAAGUUAUCUAAGUCUAAUUCAAGGAGGAAAUCUAAGAUUCGGUAUCACCAGAUUGUUAAUGUGGAGAUUAUCUCAAGAUUUCAUGUAGCUUCGGAAUUCGUCCCCCUUAUAUGAUUCGGGGUCAUUUGGAUGGAUGUCACGGUACUCGAUAACGAUUAAGUUCAUCUUCAUCGUGAUUGGGCUGAUCGAGUCUGUCAACCUGAGAGAUGGAGGAGUCGACAGUGCUCGCUGUGGGACUGGGGAGUGGAGCUGUAUGGGAAUGGAGCAUGGCUUGAUGUGUAUCCCUCUCAACAAAUUCUGCGACGGAGUCAGCAAUUGCCCGGAUGGAUCUGAUGAGCCUCCUGGGUGUACUAAUUGCAACAGGACUUAUUCCGGAAAAGCUGGCGUGAAAUUCCCCAUUCGGAUGACUGGGCCGUUCCAGAGAUACUUCCCUUUCGUCUGCAAAGUCGAAUUCGUCGCUAUGGGUGGGGAUUUUGGAGAUGCCGUAGAAUUAUCUUUCCUCUCGUUUCAAAUUGGAAGAUAUGAUUACUCUAAGGAUGCUGAUUCUGCCUGCAGAAGAGGAUUUAUGAAAAUAUAUGAACAGCACCCAACUUCUCCUGAUGAUUCUUCCGAUCAGCCUGAAUUCGGCAAUUUCUGUGGCAGAUUAAGUGAAAGAAGUGUCACGUUCUAUUCCAAAUCAAGCAGUGUCACGCUUCUAAUAGUGGUCCCAAGCAGGGCGUUUAUCCCUUCAACAUCUCCAUUCAGCCUGUUUCUCACAUUCCGGUUUUUAACCAAAAAUAGGAUUUACUCUCUUCCUAACAGUGGCUUCACAUCAUCCCAGUAUGGAAAUCCAAUUCCCGGGACAUUUUGUGACAGAAUGUUUCUGAACUGCCACUACCGCCGUUGCAAGUUACGCAGUCCAAACUUUCCAGGAUUUUAUCCGCGUAACAUAACUUGCAAUUAUUUUAUCAAGCAAAUGCAAGUUCCUCAUGCCAGUGUAGCAGCCAUCGUACUGUCUCAGACCAAUGACUAUAAAAUAUUCAUUCCUAGAGGGGGAGAUUCCCCUUCUGGAAAUUCUGCAUCAGGUUUGAGAAGCAGUUCUUCAUUAUCUACGGACUGCUCUGGAGCUUCAAGUGAUGCCGUUAGGGUUUAUGAUGGACCCACAUCAACUAUGCCACUUUUAGCCCAGUUCUGUGGAGAUGGAGUUAUGUCACCAGUUGUUUCCAGUGGGCCAGAUCUUCUGAUUCAGUUAUACAGUGCUCCAUGCAGUGCACUAGGAAGUUCAAGGCUUGAAAUUGAAGUCUCUGUGAGAUUUGAACCUGAGAUUGCUGCCUCCAUGCAAAAGGACAGACAUAGAUGCGCUUAUAUUAUAGACGCAAAUCGUCAUAGACGAUGGGGAGUUAUUAUAAGCCCGAAGUAUACAAUGCCAGAAAAUUCUUCAUGCACAUACAAAUUCAUUGGUGCAUCUAGCUAUGAUCGAAUAUGGUUGUAUUUUGUAUCUUACCUCUCAAGAGAAAAGACAACUAUUAUAAAGGAUAGUGAAGAUGAAAAUAUGUGUACUUUCAGCAAACUAGAAAUGUUCGACAGCGACGAACGAUGGCUUGUUCUGGAUCUAGAUGACGGUUAUGAGACAUAUCCUAUGCAUUUUUGCGGAGAAACUGUAACUCCGAAAAUAUGUGCUCAUGCUGCAGACUACCCUCCUUACUUUUCCCCUGAUCGACCAUGCAGAUACCCCGAAGAAAGUUAUUUGUCAUCUGGGCCAACAUUUGUUCUCAGGCAUUCAUUUUUAUCCACACUGGAUAUCAUAGACGUAUUCAGUUACAGUAACUUCAUCGUACGUUACGAAUUUGUGGACACCAGACAAGAUGGUAUUGCUAUUGGAAGAACAGAAUGCGACAGGAGAUUUGAUAGCCGAUCUGCGAAAGGGGGAUUCAUUUCGAAUCCAAAAAAUAUUUUCUUUUAUGGCCGGGGAGGUCGGGAAAAUAUCUCUUGUGCUUUUCAUUUUGUUGGUUUACCAUCCGAAAGAGUUCGAAUUACUCUUUUCAAUAUACGAUUGUCCCUUGCAUCCUCUGACACUCAGUGUGAAACUUACUUUGAUGCUAUGACACAGCGGCAUCUUUGUGUUGCAUCUCCAGAAGAUCGUGUCCGACGAAUGGCAUGUAUAAGCGCCAUUGAAUAUUGGGAUAGUCAUUCUUCCAUAAUAGGGUGUAUCUGCAAUACUUCAACAGCUGAUAAAUCCGCACGGUAUGUUUUCGAUUCGCUCGUCAGCAACGUAAAGCUGGUGUUUGCUGUUAACUUUAUGACAGCAUUUGAAGAUUUCAAUGACUUUGGCUUCGAUGCCAAGUUCGAGUUUUUUAACUCAACUCUUUGUGACACUCAUGUUUUUGACGGUCAGACUGGUGUAAGCCCAGAAGGCACCAUUGAAUUUUAUGUACCUCAUGGAAGGACUAACUUCACUAGUGGUGAGGACAUGUCUCGUCCGCUCCGCUGCAGAUGGCAAAUAAAAGCUAUGACUGAAAAGUACCUCUACCUGCAAUUCAAGGGUUCCGAGUCUCCACCAGAAGAUUGCAAAGAAGGUGUGUGGGUGCUCGUAUACUUAGACACUCAUCAAGUAAAGCCAACUACCAGUGCAUGCAUUGUAUCAGAAAGUAACCUCAAUCGGGUGACCAUAAAAGAGUACCAUGUAUUUUCCCAGUCUUGGUAUAAUGAUACAUACAGCAUUGUUGACAAUAACAGGGAUUACAUGUUCAUAGAAAUAAUAGCAUAUUCGAGCUGGAAGGGGAUUAAACUUCACUUCCAUUGGAUGGAAGUUACCAAACCUUUCUAUAGGAGUCUCUCAGGGCGUCCAUUAAGAAAUGUUGACUGCAUUUUUGAAUGCCCAGAAAUUGGAGCUUGCAUAGAUCCCCACCUCUGGUGCGAUGGUGUUGAUCACUGUCCGUCAGGAUUCGAUGAAUCUCCAGCAAACUGCCACACUUUAGCUAGAGGUCUUGAAUAUCUGUCAUUAAUAAUUAUUAUGGCAGCUGUAGUGCUGUUGAUCGCUGGGCUUUUAAUAGCCUGGGCAGUUGUAAGGCAUCGACAUCACCACCACCGUUCUUGCGGUCGCGAAGCCAAUGAAAGGACGAAAAAUUGCAGUCACAGAUUGACACCUACGGAUGAUUACCAGAUGGAAAGUCCGAUUAGUUGACGAUACUAGUGAGAAAUUUGAGUUUCUGUUGCUAUCCGAAUCAUUUUGCUUUGUGAACGAAAUUUUUUCUGAAAUUUAACGUUUACUGUGAAGUUACAUUUUUGAUAUUUAUAUUUUUGAUGUGUAUUAAACAAUGAACUUCAAUGUGUCUGAGUCCAGGACUUUAAAUUUUUCACCUACUCAUAGAUUGUUAAAUUAUAAUUAAUGUGGUCAUGUUGCAGUUAUACACGUUAAGUUUUGUAAUAAUGUGCUAGUCAUUUUCCUUCAUUUCGAGAUCAUUCUCUUUUGACAUUUUCAACGAAUUAUUGUAUGAAAUGUAUAUCUUUUCCAAACAUGUAGUUAGAGAGAUAUAAAAAAUUUUGUUAAA